AUGCAGGCAACUCAAAAUUCGAUGCACGGGUUCACUGCCGUGCGAACAGUGUCUCAGCAAAGGUCGGGUGUGUAUAUCCAUGAUCUCGAACAAAGGCUGGAGUCACUCGAGCGCGAUAGGCGAAAUGCCAGCUUGUCUCCUCCCACAGGUAGUGCAAUUUGGACCUGGCCAGAUGCAGCGAGGGAAGAUGGUGAAUUCCCCCGGAGCGAAAAGACUUACACUCCAGCUGUGCUAACUCGUUCAGAAGAGCCACGAGGUGACAUUUCGCCUCCGGAGCGACCUUCGGAAAGACACCAAGAGGACAGACGAGAUCAACCACCAACCAGUUUACCAGCACGACAAGAGCUGAGCGAAUCACUCGAGCCUGGGCUUUCGAAUCCGUUCGGACUUGGUUUUGCCAACUAUGACCCUGAUCGCGAUGGCAAGCCGCUCUAUUUUGGACCGUCUUCAAAUUGGUCUUUUGGCCGCCGUGUCCUUUCCCUGGCCUACAAGCGGAUUCGCCGAACUCCUCUUCCUCUAGAUAAUCUGUUGUUCGAGGGCAAAGUUUACACACUGGGAUGGGACGGCAAGAGAAAUUCCUCCACAAGACUCACUGGCAGUCAAAUCUCCCUUCCCGCCCCAGACUUUGCCGCCCAUUUGAUUAACCUAGUCGACUUCCAUUGUACUCAAUUAUUCUACCUGUUUGACAAAGAGAUCUUCAUGCGUCAAUUCACAUUAUUCCACGAGAGUGCGCCUGGGGGCCCUGAUCGUUCGAGCCUCUGGUAUGUGCAUUAUUUACUGAUCCUGUCAUUCGGGAAGGCGUACGCUGUCCAAACGACCACAGCCUCCAAGGCAGCAGGGACGGAGUUCUUCGUGGAGGCCAUGCAGUUACUCCCUGAUUUCAUGUUCAUUGGUGCGGACCCUAUUGAACUGACACAGGUCUUAUGCUGUGCUGCCCUGUUCUUCCACUGCCUCGAGUUCCGAUGCGCUGCUUAUAAAACGAUUGGCUGGGCCGUUCGACUAUCGCUCGAAAAUGGCUUGCACUCGGACAUGAAGAGCCAGUACAUCAGUACAUCAUUAGUGCAGAGAUGUCGUAAGCUAUGGUGGACGGUGUACAUUCUCGAUCAACAGAUGUCAGCUCUCAUGGGGGCUCCUGCGGCUGUUGCAGAGGAAUCAAUUGCUGCGCCACUACCAGAUUUCCCCAAGUCUCCUCAGCGACUUGCGGCGCUUGAUUUCCAGAUCAGACUGAACAAGCUGCUUGCACGAGUGCUCAACACCAUCUAUGGACCCGAAGGCAGCUUCAAGGAGGGAUUUCUAGCAUCUGCCAAAGACACCUUGAAAAGUCUCGCCAGCUUGACGGAUCUCCUCAACACUUCGUUCAGUGUGUUUGGAAGCAACCAUGGCGGGGUUUCCAGACUCUAUGCUCAUCUACACCUCCAAUAUCAUCAGUGUGUCAUCCUUACAACCAGGCCUAUUCUUUACAGCUUUCUAGAAGCUAAGCUUGCCGGGUCGGGGACUUUCGCCAAACUUCUAGAGUCCCAGACUACCAAUAGACUUGUGCAGGUCUGCAUCGAAUCAGCACAGCAGACAUUGAACAUAUUGGGGAUCCUGCGUGAUCAAACACUUCUUGAAAGUGUUCUGCCCUUUGAUCUUGAGUCGACGUUUAUUUCGACGCUUGUCAUUUUGAUGGCUAAUGCCGUGGAUACUUUGUUUAUCAAGGACUCUACUCCAUGGUCUUCGGUGGCUUACAGCAUCUUGGAUGAAAUGAUCCGCAGAGGCAAUUUGGUGGCUGCGUUGAUGAAAUCUGAACUGCAACAAUUGGAAGCUACUCUACGUCAACUCCCGGUGCGUGACACUGAGCAAAGCAAGUCCAGUGUCGAAGUACCGAGCAUAACUGGACUUGGUGGCAACAAGAUGACUGCAAAGGAUGCAGCACAACCCAGCUCGUCAUACGAGCUUCUGGCUUCUCGAGAGAGUGGUCCUCAGCUGUUUCACCCGGGCUUUGGAGACGCCCACAGGCCCUCGUCCACCGCCACUCUCGGUCAGGGAACGGAUGCUUUCUGGCAAACCGAUGGCUUUACAGGAGAGCAACUCGUCAAUGUAGCCGAUUCGAUCGAUCUCGAUGGACUUGAGUGGCUGUCGGACCCGGCUUUUGGAGAUCUGACACACGACAUUGCGAGGUGA